CACCAUCACAUGUUCGAGGCUGUCCGCGCUUCCAUCCCUCUUGACCGCGUAAACAAGCUUGUCGUGCAUACCUCUCACGACCAUUGGUUUCAGCCACGGCACUGGCAGGAAACACUACACAGUGCAAACCGUAUGAAACUCUAGGGGUGAUAGGCGAGCAACCGAUUCGGCACCUUGUGCACUUGUUUGGAAUGAGGGCGAGCAUGGAGCCACCGUCGGACGGGGCAGAAUCUCUUCUUUUCCCGGUGCUGAACUUCCUUGACUUCUUUAGUAUUGACAUCCACCACCAGGGUACACCAGAGGCGCCAUCGUUAGUCCAUACUAUUUCUAAAAGCCUCAAAUAUCGAGCAGCGAAAGCCCCCCUCCAGACGCUUCACCUGCAUGAUUGCCAGGCGCGGAUGGAAUGGGUUGAUGAUCUCAGAAACACUGUCCCUGCUGAGAUUACUGAAACCCUUGUGUAUCCUUGCUACUCCCUAUUUGUACGUUGAGUAUAAUUGUCUUACUUUCUCUAGGGAACACUUGACGUCUACUUGGGGGGGGGUUCAGGGGAAGGGAAGGGCUUGGAGAGCGGAUUUCCGCGAUGGGGUCAAAAGCGAGGGCAGGAGAUGGGGGUAUGAGCGAUCAUAUAGAAAGUGGAAGCACUGUGAUAUGCGUCAAUCGCAUGCAUC